AUAGACCUGAUUGGGGUUGAAUUUUAGAGUUUGUUGUUCUGAAUUUUUGAGGGAAAUAUCUGAAAAUGGCAUCAAGCAAGCAGUUCACCAUUAUCAAGCCCGAGAUGUGCUAUUUCUGUUUCGAUGUCCUCCACUCACAUCUAAACAACCUCCAGGCUCCUCAGGCCCAAUUUUCGUGCACUGAUAUGUAUCCACUGUUUGUUACUUGGAAGAUCGGAAAGGUCUCUGUUUCCAUACUCUGCCGGUUUGAACCCGGUCAGAAUUAUUUGGACUGGGAGAUCGGAGUUCACGGUAUUCGGAUAGAGUUCAUCAACGAGAAAGGUUCUAAGCGUAGUGCGACCUACCUGCCUGAAGUAGCCCAUGAGCAGGGCUGGGAUAAGAUAGAGACUAUAGAUAGUCUGCUUAGGAAAGGAGGAUAUAAGGCGCAAAUAACUCCUGAUUAUAGAAACCAAAUCCGUCUAGUCAGAUAUCAGAGUGAGAUCAUAUCAGUUUCCCAUCAGGAAUAUGUUCACCACUGCCGAACCCGAUCCCAAGGAGAACACUGACAACCUUGUCAGGUAAAUAUCAUUGUACAGUACAGUACAGUACAGUACAGUACAGUACAGUACA